UUUAUACUCUUCGGUAUUUCCUCUAAUAUUUCCCGCCAAACUCUAAAGACUUGUUGACAAUUAUUAUCUAUGUGGAAGUGAACAAUUAGCUGACUCGGUUGUAUUCUUGAUACACCCACAAUCGUGAUAUUUUUUCAUUGACAUUUCACCUGCGAAUGGUAUUUCAUUCUUUGAAUUCGUGUUGUGGCUCAACAGGUGCCUGCAAAUCCCUCAUAAACAGCAGGACUACUCGAUAAUGUCAGUGAUUGUUUGCAGUGACAAUGGUUAUCACUCGAGUGACCGUUAUGGUCACAACAAAAACAAGAUGAAUAUAGAAUUCAGCUCCCCGAAGAAUGUGAGGGAAUUGCUGGAGAUCAGCAGCAGUGAGGAAGAGUCUAACCUCUCGGAUAGCAUUAUAGAGAUUAGUCAGGAAUUGGGACUGGAAUCUGAUCGUUCUAUCGAGUUAAUUGGAGAGGUGAGAAAUUUUGGGAGGAGAAUCAUUGAGCAGGAGUUGUCUGUAUCUCAGGAUUCAGUUGAGAUAAUUGAGGGGGGAGAGGAAUCAUUGAGGACUCCUCCCAAGAUAUCUAAACGAAGGAGAUCGAAGAGUGACAGUUCCAUUGAAGACAAUUCACUUUGCUCACCUGAAAUCCCAUUCACUGGUUCACCAGUGAUUUAUCAACUUUACGAAACCAACAACACGAAGAUAAUAAUAAAAAAAUCAAUGAGUGUGAAAAAGCCAGAGACGAGACUGAAGAAGGUCUCUGAAAAAGAAUUAAGCUCUCUCGUAAAUUCAGAUGAUGAUGAGGAGAUUUUUGACAGGCCGAAGAAGAAUCCAGAGGCUAUUACUACCCCCAAACGGCCCCUCAGGAAUGCUACAAGGAUUGCUAGAGCAAAUACGCCUCAAAGCUCUCCAAGAACUCGAGGGAAAAUUACAGAGACACCUAACAAAGAGGAAGUGUCCCUGAGGAUGAAAUUCAGACGUUCGACAGAGCAGAGCAACUACAAAGUGGAGGCUUUGGAGUCUGAGUCAAGUGAGAGAAGGGCGUCCUUGAGAACGACAAUUUUCCUCCCAAAAAGGUACGCCGAAAUGGAGGUGGAGGAAAGUCCAAGCAGGAGGAUUCCCACCAGGAGUAAAAAACCUGUGCAGUAUUAUGGGGAAUCUAGUGACCUGGACGACUCCAUCAAGACCCCGAAUAAAUCAUCCAAGCAGGAAGAAGCUAAAUCGACUAGGAAAACUCCUUCGAGACACACGAAACCCGUGCAGUACUUUGAAUCACCGAUUGAUACAGAGGAUUCUCCAACCACAAAGCGACAGACUCGACAGACUAAAACUCCGAAGAAAGAUGAACCCUCUCACGAGAUUUCCACUCCUACGACCCGCUCGAAUCACCCUAAAACUCCUAGAUCUAGCAUUCUCAAGUCUGUCCCCACAACUCCCAGUGGAAGACCUCGAAGAAGCUCGAGAACAUCCCAAUACGUAGAUUUUCAUGAAGACGAGGGGAACGAGAACGACACGAACAAAGGAAAUACGGAUGAGAGUGAUAGCGAAGUUCCCUCCAGGCGAGCCCUGGAUAAAAAGAGAAGACUCAUCUCGCUGGAUACCCCGAUGACCCCGAAAAAAUCAGUGACAAUUGUCGAAGAAAUGAAAACUCCCAGGAAAUCAGUGGCCAUGGCUGAAGGGGUUAAAACACCCAGAAGGACUCGAAAAUUGUCCUCCUCAGAGGAUGAACCAACAACCCCCAAACGCGUCACCAGACUGACAUCCGUCGUGGAAGAACCAGUAACUCCGAAAACAAGAGGAAGAUCUAAACCGCAGACUCCGUCCCUGCGACAUGGAGCACUGACUCCCUCCAUGCACCAGAGGUCUGCAAACGUGGGGAAACCGAAGACAGCUCUUCAAGAAGCACGAGCCCAGCUCCACGUCAGUGCAGUUCCCAAGUCCCUUCCUUGCAGGGAGGAAGAGUUCAACAAUAUCUUCACUUUUCUCCAGCGAAAGCUGUUGGAUCACAGCAGCGGAUGCAUCUACAUCAGUGGUGUACCUGGCACUGGAAAGACAGCAACAGUAAACGAGGUAAUCAGGUGCCUGAGAAAAUUGGUGUCAAAGGGAGAGCUGGAAGAGUUCAAUUUCUUGGAAAUUAAUGGAAUGAAACUGACCGAACCCAGGCAGGCUUACGUGCAGAUCCUCAAACAGCUGAGUGGACAGAGCUUGACCUGGGAGCAAGCCUACCAAAAUCUUGAGAAGCGAUUCACUAAAUCCCCUGGACACAGACCCAUCACCCUUCUUUUAGUUGAUGAGCUGGAUCUCCUGUGUAAUAAACGUCAGGACGUUGUUUACAAUUUGCUGGACUGGCCUGCCAAGCAAGGAGCUCAACUCGUCGUCCUGACCAUUGCUAACACCAUGGACCUCCCCGAAAGGGUUCUGAUGGGGAGAGUCACUUCGAGGUUGGGGCUAACUCGCCUCACCUUCCAGCCUUAUAAUCACAAACAGCUCCAGGAGAUUGUCACCACCAGGCUGAAGGACUCGGAUGCAUUCAGGAGUGAAGCUAUUCAGCUGGUCGCCAGAAAAGUGGCGGCUGUCUCUGGGGAUGCUAGAAGGGCCUUAGAUAUCUGCAGAAGGGCUACAGAAAUCGCCGAAUCCAAUGGGGGAAAAAUAGUAUCGAUGCAGGACGUCAAUGAGGCUCUCACUGAGAUGAUCGCAAGUGCUAAGGUGCAGGCUAUAAAACAUUGUUCAGAGAUGGAAAAAGUUUUUCUUCAAGCUGUUUGCGCUGAGAUUUCGCGCACUGGAGUCGAGGAGGCCACUUUCCACAGUGUCUACAAGCAGUUCGAGGCGCUCUGUUCUUUUGAGGGAGUUAAGACUCCUAAUAUUAGUCAGGCCCUCGAAAUCUGCUCUCGGCUCAGUGCUAAUAGGCUUCUCCUCGGCGAACACUCCAGAAUGGAUAUCAUGCAGAGGAUACUCCUCAAUGUCUCUCCUGAUGAUAUACAUUUCGCUCUUCAAAGUAUUCAGAUUUGAUAAUUUUUUUUUUCAUGAUUCAGCGGAGUGGUAAAGCGUAACAGCUCAUUUCUUGCGCUCGACUGAGAAUCGACUUGUUUAAAUAAUAAGGAAUUUCAAAGACAAGAUCGACAAAUCUCUUUUUUUUUCUCAAAUCCAUCAUUCUUAUAUGAAUUUAAUACAGGAUUAUUGCAAAAGUAGAAAUCGACUCAAUGCAUUUUACUACAAAUACAAACGACGAUAUGGAUUAGAUGUCGGAAGUUAUAAAUUUUUUCUGGAUUAUUGUAGUGUUUUUUUUUUUUAUUAUUAUUUUGACGAUUAUACUUAAUGCCACAAUAAGAUCUUCGAUUGUACGAAAAAUUC